AUUUUCCCCUUUCCCCCUUUUCAUCCUCUUUAUAAAAUUCAAAGCUUUUUUCUUCCUUUUUCAGUUUCUCUCCUCUUAGUUUUAUCUUUUUACGUGCUCUGUGCUUCUUCUUAAAAUAAAAACCGAUGGCUGCAAUUCAUAAACAUGAGGUUGAAGAGGAUGGAGAUAGCAGAGCGUUUGUUCUCAGCGUCAACGUCGGCGGGGAGGCGGCUGCAGCAGCGUCGAAGAAUCCCAAAGAAGAGCCUGAUACAGACACAGCUGUAAGCCUGAUGCCCAUGGCGGUGCACGCGCCGUCAGCUGUUCCCGUGCCUCCAGUAAAGGCAGCGCCCGCCGCACCUAAACGAGCGUCAACAAAGGAUCGUCACACGAAAGUGGAGGGACGUGGCCGGAGGAUCCGAAUUCCCGCUACUUGCGCGGCUCGGAUCUUUCAGCUGACACGAGAAUUAGGCCACAAGUCGGAUGGAGAAACUAUAAGCUGGUUAUUAGAGCACGCCGAACCGGCGAUAAUAGCGGCAACCGGAACCGGUACCGUUCCCGCCAUCGCUAUGUCGGUUAAUGGGACCCUUAAAAUCCCAAGGACCUCGAACGCUAAUCCCGAACCCGGCGACCCUAGUAAAAAGAAGCACAAACGAUCCGUUAAUAGCGAGGUUGUUGACGUCAACGACACCGUUUCGGUUUCAUCUGGUUUGGCUCCUGUAAUUACUUCUCAACAGCAACAGCGACAAGCUGUUCUGCCGCAGGGUUUGGUUCCAAUUUGGGCGAUACCAUCAAGCGCCGUCGUUCCAGGCACCUUCUUCAUGGUACCACCUAUGGCAUCCAUGGUCGGACCAUCCACUCAGCCUCAUAUAUUCACAUUUCCGGCCACCGCUACACCGUUACUUAACAUUUCUGCUCGGCCUAUAUCGUCAUUUGUCACGGCCAUGCAACAAGGUGCAACAACAACAACGCCGAGUCAACUUCAAAGUAAUGUAGCUGUCACGAGCUGCGCGGCUCCAGUCUCCAAGACGGCUAAAACGGCGUUGAUUUUUGCACCGAGUUCGAGUUCCGCCGCCACCACUACUACAACGGCAACCACUCAGAUGCUUAGAAACUUCUCGUUGGAGAUUUACGAUAAACAAGAGCUCCAGUUCAUGACGCGAUCUUCAAAACAUUGAAUGGAAAACGAUAACUUUUCUCUUCCUUUUUCUUCCAUUUUGGCUUACUGUGUUUGGGUUUUUUGGACCGGUGGCGUCGUUGUUGCCGAGUGCAUCCGCCAUGAACGAGAGCGAAGCUAAAGGAGGAGGAGGAGGAACACGUGCUCACGUAAGUUUUUUUUAAAAGGUGCGCACGUGUAAUGUGGGGUCAUAUUAGGCGGGAAAGGGUUGGGUCCACAAAAUGUUAGUGUGGGUCAACACUGAAACCAAAAAAGCAGGUGGGGCAAUCCGUGGAUUGCAAAGAGGAAC